CAGCCUGGAGGAUGGCAGCUUUCAAAGGAGAGAAAACAGCCAACGUUCUUUGUUGUGGUUUUGACUGAUAUAGACUCUGAGAGGCACUACUGUUCCUGUCUGACUUUCUAUGAAGCAGAGAUUAACCUGCAGGGAACAAAAGAAAUUGAAGGUGAAGAGGAGUCUGGUUUAAUUCCGCCUGCAGAAAUAUUUGCUCCUAAAAGUCUGGUGUUGGUCUCCAGAUUAGACUAUCCAGAAAUCUUCAGGGCUUGUCUUGGCCUGAUCUAUACCGUGUACGUGGACAGCCUGAAUGUGUCACUGGAGACUCUCAUUGCAAAUCUCUGUUCAUGCCUUGUCCCUGCUUCUGGAGGGUCUCAGAAAUUGUUUUCUUUGGGAGCUGGAGACCGACAACUGAUACAGACUCCUCUACAUGAUAGCCUUCCUGUUACAGGCACCAGUGUGGCUCUUCUCUUUCAGCAGCUAGGAAUUCAAAAUGUUCUCAGCUUAUUCUGUGCUGUGCUUACGGAAAAUAAGGUUCUGUUUCACUCAGCAAGUUUUCAGAGGCUCAGUGAUGCCUGUAGGGCUCUGGAGUCUUUGAUGUUUCCCCUCAAAUACAGUUAUCCCUAUAUUCCAAUUCUUCCUGCACAGCUACUGGAAGUUCUCAGCUCACCAACUCCUUUCAUAAUUGGUGUGCAUUCUGUCUUUCGCAAUGACAUUCAUGAGCUUUUAGAUGUAAUCAUAGCAGACCUGGAUGGAGGCACAAUUAAAAUUCCUGAAUGUAUUCAUCUCUCUCAGCUGCCAGAGCCACUGCUACAUCAGACUCAAAUGGCACUUUCACUAGUUUUGCAUCCUGAUUUGGAAACAGCAGAUUAUGCAUUCCCUCCCCCACGAACAGCUUUAUCACACUCAAAAAUGCUGGAUAAAGAAGUGCGAGCAAUCUUCCUUAGGCUAUUUGCACAACUUUUUCAAGGAUAUCGAUCCUGUCUUCAGCUGAUCAGAAUUCAUGCUGAACCAGUAAUUCAUUUCCAUAAGGCAGCCUUUUUGGGACAGCGGGGCUUAGUUGAGAAUGACUUUCUAACCAAAGUUCUCAAUGGAAUGGCGUUUGCUGGGUUUGUGUCAGAGAGGGGUCCUCCUUUCAGAACCUGUGAUCUUUUUGAUGAGUUGGUAGCCUUUGAAGUCGAAAGAAUUAAAGCUGAGGAAGGUAACCCACCAAAAAUGAUAAAGCAUGUUAGAGAACUUGCAGAACAGCUCUUCAAAAAUGAGAAUCCCAAUCCACAUAUAGCGUUCCAGAAAGUGCCACGACCCACAGAGGGCUCCCACUUGCGGGUUCACAUCCUUCCUUUUCCCCGGAUCAAUGAGUGCCGGGUGCAGGAGCUCCUCCAGGAAGGCCUCACAAGGGGUCAGGGUGCCCCUCCUGCCACCCGGGGCGACAAGAAGUGCGUUGUUCCAGCAGGCCCACCUGUUGUUUCCAUACUGGAAAAAGGAAGCACAGUUUUCAACAGUGCACAAAGGCUGGAAGUUGUUAGAAACUGCAUCUCAUUCAUUUUUGAAAACAAAUUUUUGGAGACUGAAAAGACCCUGCCUGCAGCUCUGAGAGCCCUAAAAGGAAAGGCAGCUCGGCACUGCCUGACACAGGAAUUAGGCCUGCAUGUGAAACAAAAUCGAGCAAUACUGGACCAUCAACAGUUUGACUACGUUGUGCGAAUGAUGAACUGUGCUUUGCAGGAUUGUUCAUCUUCAGAAGAAUAUAGCAUUGCUGCAGCUUUGCUACCCCUGACGACUGCUUUUUAUAGGAAAUUGGGACCUGGAGUUAGUCAAUUUGCCUACACCUGUGUACAAGACCAUCCUAUCUGGACUAACCAACAGUUUUGGGAAACAACCUUUUAUAGCAACGUGCAAAAUCAAGUUCGCUCCCUCUACCUUACAGCCAAAGAUGACAACCAUGUAGUUCAUUUGAGACAAAAGGAGAAAAAUUCUGUAAGUCCAGACCAGGAUAAGACUGCAAUGGACCUGGCUGCUGAGCAGUUGCGAUUGUGGCCAACUCUUAAUAAACAAACACAGCAGGAGCUAGUCCAGAAUGAGGAAAGUACAGUUUUCAGUCAGGCAAUUCAUUUUGCUAACCUUAUGGUCUACCUGCUCGUACCGCUGGAUACAAGUAAGAACAAAUUAUUGAGAACAUCGGCUACUGGUGACUGGGAGAGUGGAAGCAACAGUAUUGUCACAAACAGUAUUGCAGGCAGUGUUGCAGAGAGUUAUGACACUGAAAGUGGAUUUGAGGACUCCGAGAACAACGAUGUUGCAAAUGCAGUUGUACGUUUCAUCACCAGAUUUAUUGACAAGGUUUGCACAGAGAGUGGAGUUACACAGGAUCACAUCAAGGGUCUUCAUUGCAUGAUACCAGGCAUUGUAGCAAUGCACAUAGAGACCCUGGAGGCUGUCCAUCGUGAGAGUCGGCGACUUCCACCAAUACAGAAGCCCAAAAUUCUACGACCAACUUUACUGCCAGGAGAAGAGUUUGUUUGUGAAGGUCUCCGUGUGCUACUGGAUCCUGAUGGUAGAGAAGAAGCUACUGGAGGACUGCUUGGAGGUCCUCACAUCCUCCCUGCUGAAGGAGCUUUGUUCCUUACCACUUACAGAAUUAUAUUUAAAGGCGCUCCUCAUGAUCAACUGGUAGGAGAGCAGACGGUGAUCCGGAGCUUUCCUAUCGCAUCUGUUACUAAGGAGAAGAAGAUCACUAUACAGAACCAGCUGCAGCAGAGUAUGCAGGAAGGACUGCAAAUCACUUCAGCUACCUUUCAGUUAAUUAAAGUAGCGUUUGAUGAAGAAGUAAGUCCUGAAGUGGUGGAAAUAUUUAAGAAACAGUUAAUGAAGUUCCGUUAUCCUCAGUCUAUCUUCAGCACUUUUGCAUUUGCAGCGGGGCAAACAGCACCCCAGAUAAUUUUACCAAAACAAAAAGAAAAGAACACUUCAUUCCGCACCUUCUCAAAAAGCAUUGUGAAAGGAGCAAAACGUGCUGGGAAGAUGACAAUUGGACGCCAAUAUUUAUUAAAGAAGAAGACAGGCACAAUAGUGGAAGAAAGAGGAAAUCGUGCAGGCUGGAAUGAAGAUGAUGAUAUCUCUGUUUCAGAUGACAGCGAGCUGCACACAAGCGGUACCCUAAAAGCGUCAGAAAAAUCAACAAUGGAACAAUUAGUAGAAAGAGCCUGUUUCAGAGACUAUCAACGUUUGGGACUAGGGACCAUCAGUAGUAACUCCUCUCGCUCAAAAACAGAAUACUUAAGAAUAACUGCACUGAACAGGAUGUAUUCACUUUGCAGGAGUUAUCCUGGGCUUCUGGUAGUACCUCAGUCUAUUCAAGACAGCAGUCUGCAGAGGGUUGCUCGCUGUUACCGUCACAAUCGCCUACCAGUUGUCUGUUGGAAGAACACUAAAAACAGUACUCUUCUACUUAGAUCUGGGGGCUUUCAUGGAAAAGGUGUAGUUGGCCUCUUCAAAUCUCCAAACACACAUACUACAGCUCCAGCUUCUUUAGAAUCUUCAAGCAGUAUAGAACAGGAAAAGUACCUACAAGCCUUACUAAAUGUGAUAUCCGUCCACUGCAAAAUGAAUGGCAGUAAUACUCUCACGGUUAGACCAACAAUUGCUCUGUCUCCAGGUGUAUGGGCAAGUCUUCGUUCAAGCAACCGAUUUAUCAACACUCAGACUCCAUUCAUUGAUGUUGGUGCAAGACUUGCAGGGAAGGAUAACGCCACUUCCUACAGUAGCAGCACUUUUCUACAAAGUCAGCUUUUGAGACGGCAAGCAGCCCUAUAUAUAUUUGGAGAAAAAUCUCAGUUACGGGGAUUCAAACUUGAUUUUGCAUUGAAUUGUGAAUUUGUUCCUGUUGAAUUCAGUGACAUUCGACAGACAAAGGCAAGCUUUAAAAAACUGAUGAGAGCUUGUGUUCCCAGCACUAUUCCUACAGAUUCUGAGGCAACAUUCCUUAAAGCACUUGGGGAAUCAGAGUGGUUCCCACAGCUUCACAGGAUAAUGCAACUGGGUGUGAUUAUCUCAGAGCUCCUGGAAAAUGGUUCUUCUGUAAUGGUUUGUUUGGAAGAUGGCUGGGAUAUUACUGCACAAGUAGUGUCCCUGGUGCAGUUACUCAGUGAUCCCUUCUACAGAACACUUGAAGGCUUCCGAAUGCUGGUGGAAAAAGAAUGGCUCUCUUUCGGUCAUAAAUUCAGUCAACGUAGUAAUCUGACUCUCAACUGUCAGGGUAGUGGCUUUGCUCCUGUUUUCUUACAGUUCUUAGACUGUGUCCAUCAGAUUCAUAACCAAUACCCAACAGAGUUUGAGUUCAAUCAAUAUUAUCUGAAGUUUCUGGCUUUCCAUCACAUAUCAAAUCGAUUUAAAACAUUUCUUCUGGAUUCAGACUAUGAAAGACUAGAACAUGGGACGUUAUUUGAAGAUAAAGGAGAUAAACAUGCCAAAAAAGGAAUUUGUAUUUGGGAAUGUAUUGAAAAGAUGCACAAAAGGAGCCCUGUUUUCUUCAAUUACCUCUAUGCCCCUACUGAAAUAGAGGCACUGAAACCAAAUGUAAAUAUGUCCAGUCUCAAAAAGUGGGAUUAUUAUGUAGAAGAGAUUUUGGCUACAGGUCCUUCCUAUGAUUGGACCAUGGUACCUGCAAAAUGCAAUGUUUCAGAAGAAGCUGACCAAGCGGAUGGUUCACUCUCUCAGACUAAGAGGAAAAUAGUAUGGCCAUGUUAUGAUGAUGUUAAAAAAAUACAACCUGAUGCCAUCAGCAGCCUUUUAAAUGAAAUUGAAAGGUUGGAAAGUAAAUUAAAUCAGAGCCCAGAAAGGUGGCAGCUUUUGUGGGAAAGGGUCAAAAUGAAUCUAAAGGAUGACAACAGACAAGACAAUCUCCGGAGACAUCAUUCUGGCUCCUCAGGGAUGGUGUCAGCUAAUCUACAUUCCUAUCAGAAGAGGUCUUUGCUGGAAAUACCUGACAGUGGGCUGGGUGAAGAACACAGUGCAAGCAUCUCUCCCUCUAAUGGAGUAGACAGAAGAACCACUACACUAUACAAUCAUUUCACAUCAAAGAAUGAAGAAAAUAGAUCUUUUGAAGGUACGCUAUACAAAAGAGGAGCUUUGCUGAAAGGUUGGAAACCUCGGUGGUUUGUGCUGGAUGUGACAAAACAUCAGCUGCGAUACUAUGAUUCUGGUGAGGAUACAAGCUGUAAGGGACACAUAGACCUUGCAGAAGUAGAAACUGUGAUUCCUGCUUCUCCAACAAUUGGAGCCCCAAAACAUGCAAGUGAAAAAGCAUUUUUUGAUUUGAAGACAAAUAAGCGUGUAUAUAAUUUUUGUGCCCAGGAUGCACAGAGUGCUCAACAGUGGAUGGAUAGGAUCCAAAGUUGCAUUUCAGAUGCUUAGAAAGGAAAAAUGUUCUAUAAUAAAGACACGUUUAAAACAUCUCUUCCUGUAAGAAGCUAAGUUCUGAAAUGUUACUGACAACCAGCCUUCCUUACAUUUCAGCCAUAAAAGUUCAUAAUACGCUAAAGUUUCUUUUAUGUUUAAUAAUUAUAACCACUGUAACUGCUAUUUUCUUUCUGCAGGGAGGACUUUGAAAAAUAAUAAUCCAUUUAUCCUGAAUUUCCACUUUCUUCAGUACAGUUCCUAGCCAUAAAAGUGGGCUGUAUUUGCACUAUCAUCUAAUCAUGGUUUUCUCAUUUCAGAGCUAUUCUGUCCAAAGGAAACUGUAGGCAUUUUCCCUCCAACAGGAAGUGUGUUUUCACUUUAUAUUUUUAAGCAGCAUGUUCUUAUUUCCAAGCCAGUCAUGAAUAAGAGGGAACAUGUCUACAAUUCCU